AUGCUGCGGAGACCAGCAGCUAGGUGCUGGCGCUCUCUCCCACAGCUAACCAGCCGGACCCCAAGCAAACGGUCUCAUACAGGGAGUCAUAGCGCAGUCCAUAGUCCGCCACCAUGGCGACCAGUUUCGGCCCUAGAUGAAUGGGUUGAACGUGAAAUCAGACCUAUCAGUUUACGGCAGCUAACUUUCUUCGGACGGACCCUGACCGAAUCGCGACUUCUCAGCUCUGCAAACUACGUGCGAACAGAGCUUCCCACCAGGCUUGCCCAUCGUCUCCGAGAUAUCCAGAAACUGCCUUAUGUGGUUGUAUCGAACCCUCACCUCUCCCUUGUAUAUGAACUCUACUACAAAGCGUUCGAACGAUUUCGAAGAGUUCCAGAGAUUAAGACACUAAACGAUAAUGAUCGGUUCUGCGAUUUAUUACGGAAAACCCUAAAGGAGCAUCUUGUCGUGAUACCCAAACUGGCGAUGGGAGUGUUGGAGUGCCGUGAUCUCCUCCCGGCAGAUGUGAUGGACCAGUUCAUGAACACCUUGCUUCGUGCGAGGAUAUCCCGUCGGGUGAUUGCUGAACAGCACUUAGCGUUGACGGAAACUUUUAAUUCGCCAUGGCACUUCCCCGAGUCCUUGGAUCGGACCGACUUGAACGCAGACUUCGUCGGAGAGGUGUUUCUCAAGUGCAACGCGAAGGAGGUUGUUGAGCGAUGCGGAAAGUUGGCACAGGACAUGAUGCGGCAGGCUUCGGGAUCCGACAAGAUUCCAGAGAUAUCCGUGCAGGGCCAUCUGGAUGCAACCUUUCCCUACAUGCUGAGCCACUUGGAGUACAUCAUCGGCGAACUUCUGCGCAACUCUAUUCAGGCCGUCAGUGAGAAAUACCACGGUUCGUCCGAGGCCCCAGCGCCCAUCGAAGUCCUCAUCUGUGAAGCGCCGCAGCAUGUGAUUAUGCGAAUCUCCGAUCAAGGUGGUGGAAUUCCCCGCGAGAUUCUCCCGUACUUAUGGUCAUUCAACAAAGGCCCUCACAGCAAGGCACGGCUCCAGAAUCUGGAACAGGUCCCUGCGAUGGCGGCCACGAUGCAGGAGCUCACGGUGCCCAAAGAGAGGAAGCGCGCAGAUAAAGAGACAUUCCGCGAGGGGUCACUCGACUCGCUGACCUCUCGGCCCCCCAACCUUCGACUGGGAAUGGGACUCCCCAUGAGCCGAGUAUAUGCAGAGUACUGGGCCGGUAGCUUGGAGCUACACAGCCUGGAAGGAUAUGGCGUCGAUGCAUUCCUUCAGAUCUCGAAGCUCGGCAACAAGAACGAACAAGUCACCACGCGCGCAUCGAUUGAUGCCGUUUGA